AAUACUGUAGCUUUGAGUUGUAGCCUGUAGGAGCUAGCUUACCUUACAUCAAAUUUCCUUAAUUUUUUUCGCGGUCUAUACUCUAUAGCUAACCCGUGUUCUCUCAUGGCUAAAUCCUCCACGGUUAGGGUUGUAGAGCACUGCAAAGUCUCUCCACCGCCCAAUUCAGCUCCACCAACUAUUCUUCCACUAACUUUCUUGGAUAUACCAUGGCUAUUUUUCUCUCCAAGCCAAACUCUCACUUUCUAUGGAUAUCCACAAUCCACCUCUCACUUCCUGUCCACCACUAUCCCCAAGCUCAAGCACUCUCUAUCCCAUGCUCUCCAACAUUUCUUUCCUUUUGCUGGAGACCUUGUUUUGUCCCCAGCAGGAUCCAAUAAGCCUAAAAUUGUUUACAAUGAAGGAGAUUCUGUCAAAUUGACGGUUGCUGAGUCUAGUGGUGAUUUCAGUUACUUUACAAGUAAUUAUGCAAGAGAUGUCAAUGGGUUUUACCCUCUUGUGCCUAAACUGGCUACUACCAGUUCUGUGGCAACUGGCACACAAGAAGAAGUGGUUCCACUGUUUGCCGUCCAGGUUACUGUUUUCGCAAAUUGUGGGAUUUGCAUUGGUCUUGCUUAUCAUCAUGUGGUUGCCGAUGGAAGGACAUUCAACAAUUUUAUCAAGGCAUGGGCCCUAUUAAGCGCACAUGACUGUUCUAUCUCCAUCGCUUCAUUACCAUCUUACAAUCGGUCAGUGAUAAAAGAUGAACAUGGGCUCGAGAAGAUUUUCUUGAAGGAAUUGUGGAAGAGAAAAUCUUCACAAGAAAUGGUUCCAGGACCUGAAGCCCAAGUUGAUUUGCCAAAUAUGGUCCGAGCGACGUUUGUGGUGAGAUUGGCAGACAUGGAGAGGAUCAAGAAUUGGAUAGUCGUUCAAUGCAAGAGCAAGAAUCAACCAGAACCUGUACAUUUAUCUCCAUAUGUGUUAGCCUGUGCUUUUCUUUGGGUUUGUUUAGUGAAAGCUAAAAUUCAGAGGGGUGGAAGUGAAAAGCACUGCUACUCAAGGGGGGAGGAUCCGAUUUAUCUUGGCUUUAUUGCUGGUGGUAUGACCCGGAUAGACUUUCCGGUGCCCACCACAUAUUUUGGUAACUGUGUUGGGUUUGGACGGUCCACGGCAACCAGGAAUGAACUAAUGGGAGAAGAUGGGAUAAUUGUGGCUGCAAAUGUGAUUGGAAAUACAAUUAGAAGGUUGGAUAAGGCAAUGUUUGGCGGGGCAGAAAAAUGGAUUGCAGAAUGGGAUGCAAUGCUUGGGUCGGUGAUCCAUGUUAUUGUUUCUGGGUCUCCGAAGUUGAAUCUCUAUGAGACGGAUUUUGGGUGGGGGAGGCCCAAGAAGAUAGAGGAUACUUCGAUCGAUAAAAUGAGAGCCAUUUCACUCAUCGAGAGCAGGGACGAAAAGGGUGGAAUUGAGGUAGGCUUAGCCCUCCCUCCGGUUCAAAUGGAAGCUUUCAAGACUCUCUUUAUUCAAGAACUCGAGGCUCUUCAAUAAUGGUCCAUCCGUCCUUUGGCAUGUCUGUUUCUUUU